CUCUGCAAUCUGCUGUCGUAUUUUAGUUGUGCAAAGUGCAGAGAUUAUUUGAGAAAUCAAAAAGACCAAAACAAACAAAAAUGUAUCGACCAUCUUCAUCACAUCUUUCUCUGUCUAAAUUGAAAUCGUUUUUCAGACUCAGACACCCUUUUCAUCGAUCUCUAAUACCCACUUCUUCAUCUUCAUCUUCAUCUUCCUUCCACUCACUCGUUUCAGACUCACCCACCUCAAAUUCCCAUCUUUUGCCUCAUCCAACUCGCUUAAUCUCACAAACCCACUUCACUGGAACUCACCUGAACCUCCUCAGGAAAUACAGUUCUGAGUCGGUGGACCACAACAAAGAGGUGGACACUAUCAACCUCAAGUUUGCUGAAGCCAGAGAGGAGAUAGAGAUGGCUAUGGAGUCCAAAGAGACUGUGUAUUUCAAUGAGGAGGCAGAGUGUGCUCGGGCUGCUGUCAAGGAAGUCCUAGACAGGUUUGAAGGCCUAUUGGCCAAGUUGCCAGAGAGUCAGAGAGCUGCGUUGCAGAGGUCUAUGGGGCUUAAGAUUGAGCAGUUGAAGGCUGAGCUUCAACAGUUGAAUGAGUAAUGAGGUGGGUCUAUUUGGGUUUUUCUCAAUUUUGUUUCAUUUUGUGGAAAACAAUUUAGAAGAUGAUAAGAGUUGGUUAUUGCAUUUGCGGUGGUUAAGAAUAGAGAUGAAUUUUCAAUAAUGAAUUGGCAUUAGUUUAUUCAUAAUAGAUGAACGUUGCUAAUGUGAAAUUUAUGUACUUAUGAAUUGGUGCUGCAUUCAAUGGCUUAUGGAAAUUUAUGUUUCUACUUU